AUGAACAACACGACUUUUAUUAACCUGACCAUCUUCGCUGCGGACAUUCCCGAACCGUCGUCCUACUGGUUGACAGCUUUUUUCGUCGUAUACAUUCUCGUCAGCCUCUUCGCGAACCUGAUGGUCAUUUCGGCUUUCUGCAUCGAGCCGCGUCUACGUGAUCCGUUCAACUAUUUCCUCCUGAACCUGAGCAUCAGUGACCUCACCAACGCCUUGUUCGCCCAGACCCAUCUGGCAGUGUACACGCAUUACAAUUAUUGGCCACUGGGUUAUAAGCACUGCACGUUUUGGUUGUUUUUUGAUUGGCUGUCGGUCAAUGAAUCCAUAUGCAUGAUGGCCGUGAUCAGCGUGGAUCGGCUAUGGGCCACAUUUUGGCCGUUGCAUUACCGGCAGCAUUUUAACACACGACGGUCCGCGCUGGUGAUUUUGGCCAGUUGGAUCAUCGUUACUGCCGGCAUCUUGCCGGGGCAGAUGUACGAUCGCCUGAACAGUGUGGACCGCUAUGGACCGACGGAUUGUUAUUGGGAUUUUGCCGGACCGGUGGCCUGGGCCACACCACUGUACGUAGUGCCCUUUACAGAAUGGAUUCCAGUCUUCACUACUUUAUCAUGCUAUGGGGCAACGUCCAUCCGGCUGUUCGUGCUACCUCGUUUCCGCUCUGCUCCGUCCGCAGGCGCUCCCGCCGGCCAUCAGCGCCGCAUUAUUAAAGACCGGCAGGCGUUUGUCAUGCUGUGCGCACUUGUCGUCGCCCUGAUCAUCGGCUGGUUUCCAUGGCUGAUCUAUUCCGCCCUACUGACCUAUGACAAUUUGCCAUUCUCGCAGUUAGGCUUUCUGAUUACUUACUGGUUCGGAUACACCACCGCGGUGGCCAAUCCAUUACUCUUGCUGACUUUUAACCGCACUAUUCGACGCACUGCACUCUCGUUUAUCCGAUGCAGUGACGUGUACUGGCGUCCCUUAGUACACAUCGGUACUACUUUACUACUUCUACCC